CCAUAGCCCAUUUGAGUGAGUGUGACCAGCUACCAAAAUUGCAGACAGAAUCAAAAAGCAAAAAUCAAUAUUCGUCGAAUUUUGAGGUUGCUUCAACUCCUCAAUCUCAUAUUAAAAGAGAAAGCGCGGUGGAAUGAAGAGAGCGAGAGUGACAUGGCCAGAGGGAAGUGCUUUUGGAUUUCUUCCUACAACAAUACUACUCUCUUUCUUUGCUUUUUCAAUCUUGCCAUCGUUGCUCUCUUCGUUUUUCACUCUCUUUAUGCUUCUCUUUCUAUUCACUCUACUAAUGUUUCCCAUAAAGUUGUUGUAUCUUAUAGCCCGGAUCAGAUUUGGAAAAUGGAAGAAUCAGUGCAAAUCCGCGAGGCCUCUAUACCAGUAGAGUUAGUUAAAUCGGUGAAGGCUUUAGAAAGGGAGUUUUCAAUAGAGAAUUUGGUGGUUGAGUUGCCGCGGAAUAUAAAGCAGAAAAUAGUUGAUGAGAUUUUGCAUAGACUAAGGAGCUUGAACUCCAAUAGCACUGAUAUUGCUAAAGAACGAGAAGUUAUUGAAAGUUGGCGCAAGGAAAAACUCAAAGAGGUUAGGUUGACUCAUGUGAAAGGGAAUUCUAACUAUACCAUCUCUCUUGAAGAGACAGGUAUGCUAUUAAGAGCUUUGGAGUCUGAUUGGGAUGUGCUUUGCAAAGAAGUCGGCCUUUGGAUACCUGCACAACUCGUUAACGAAGAACAUGAUGACAACCCGGAGGGCAGAGAGGAUAUUGAGGAGGAGGUUCUUCCCGGCAGAACCCUUCCAUCUGAGUGUCAUGCAGAACUUCACACCGAUUAUGAUGGUACUGCGGUAAGAUGGGGUCUUACCCACCAUAAAGACAGUGCAGCUGAAUGUUGUGAGGCUUGCUUGGAUCUUGCAAGACAGGGUGAAAAGAAAUGCAAUAUUUGGGUUUAUUGUCCAUCUGAGUUUGGGUGUUAUUCUCCAGACAUCUAUCAACACAAACAUCAAGAAUGUUGGCUGAAAUAUGAUGAGAGACCUCAACUAAAUUUUAAAGACAAGUAUCCCGAGUCAUAUCAAAAUUCAUACCCGGCAGCACCAAUAGUUGUUCCAUGGGUCUCUGGAGUGGUUAGCUUAUAACCCGAGUAACCAACACCGGGAUAACCUUUUAUACUUCAAAAGUUCAAAGUUAUUCUUCAACCUGUUCUGUGGAAAAUAAGUGAACCUGGGGGGCCAAAUAAUACUCUCAAUGAAAGUUUAGGACUCUUCAUUUUGGCCAAUUUUUAUUUUGACAUACUCACCAAGUCAGUGGAUCAAUGUCGCGGACUAUCCACCAGUGUCUGUCUAAGCCAGACACUGAGGAAAGAUGACUUUUAACUGAUUAAAAGUAGUGUAUUGUAUACUAUUUGAUUACAUAAAUAGUUACUUAUAUUGUA